CUUGAUGUUUUGAAACCACUUUGAAACGUGGUUCCUUUGAAGGUUAUGUUCUUUAGUCUUCGACAAAUAUUGUGGAAAAUGUCAUCAAAUGUUGUGUUAAAUCGUAUUAAAAAUAAUGCAAAUAAUACUGAAAAUGUUAUUAAAAAUAUGAAAAGUGAGAUGACAAUAUUACGAAAUGAGCUUAUUGCUCGUACCGUGCGGGAACUAGAAGCUGAAAACAAACGAUUACGUGACGAAAUUGAAGCUACAAAACGUAAACUAAUACAAUUAGAAACAAAUCGCGGCGUAAAACAAGUUCCAUUACCUGGUCAGAAGAAGUUACAAUGUUCAAAAACUGAUAAUGAUAAAACUCCAACAAAACCUGAAUCCGUCCCUCAAAUUAAAAUUGAAACAGCCGCAGCACCAGAAGUGAAAUCGUCUAACAAGAAAGAAAAAGUACCUAAAAAUGCUGAAAAAGUUGAUAAACCGAAAAAAGCUCCUGCACCUGCUGCACCAGAAGCUCCAAUUGACGUUGGACGUUUAGAUAUGCGAAUUGGUUUAAUCAAAGAAGUCCAAAAACAUCCAGAUGCUGAUAGUUUAUACGUUUCAAAAAUCGAUUGUGGUGAACCACAACUACGUACUGUGGUCUCAGGUUUAGUAAAAUUUGUUCCACGAGAGGAAUUAGAAGGCCGUCUUGUUGUUUUAAUGUGCAAUUUGAAACCAGCUAAAAUGCGUGGUGUGACAUCCGAAGCAAUGGUUAUGUGUGCUUCUACCCCCGAAAAAGUUGAAGUUUUGUCACCACCUAAAGGUGCUCAACCUGGUGAUUUGGUACAUUGUGAAGGAUAUGAACGUAAUCCGGAUGCACAAUUAAAUCCAAAAAAGAAAAUCUUUGAAACAUGUGCACCUGAUUUAAAAACAAAUGCAUCGUUGACUGUAUGCUAUAAAGAUAAACCACUUCUAGUGCCGGGCAAGGGUACAAUUGUUGCGCAAACAUUAGCUGGAGUUCAAGUAAAAUGAAUAAUAUAUUUUUUUAUUGAAUUCUCAUCGUGUGUGAUGCGACGAAUUAGGGGUUCAUUGAUUAUUAUUAAUUUAUACAUUCAAUUAUAUCAUUGUGGAAUAAAAGCGUUUUUAAAAGUU